UGGUGGGCGGGGAGGAGCGGGUGGGGCAGAAGCUCUGCCAGCCCCUCGCUGCCAAAGCCUUUGAGCCCAGCCCAGCAUCUUAGCCUGCGGCCAGGAUGUCGGGUCCCUCGGUUCGAGCGCUAAGCGCCAGCCGGCUGCUAAGAAGAAACUUUCCAACUUGCCUGCCGUGGAAACUUUCUCCUCACGUCCUACAGUCUUCCCAGGCAGAAGCUGUGCUCAGUAGAACAAAUAAUGUGCUAUCCUUUGCACCUCUGCAAACAUUCACAGAUGAGGAAAUAAUCAUGAAGAAAUCGGUUAGAAAAUUUGCACAGGAAAAAAUUGCUCCUUUGGUUUCAAUCAUGGAUGAAAACUCAAAAAUGGAGGAAUCAAUAAUACAAGGAUUAUUUCAGCAAGGGCUGAUGGGUAUUGACGUAGAUGAGAAGUACGGGGGAACAGGAGCUUCGUUCUUUUCCUCGAUCUCAGCGAUAGAGGAGUUGGCCAAAGUGGACGCGUCUGUGGCUCUCCUCUGUGACAUCCAGAACACGGUGAUUAACAACCUGUUUAAAAAGCAUGGAACAGAAGAACAAAAGGCCACCUAUUUGUCUAAGCUGGUUACAGAAAAAGUAGGAAGCUUCUGCCUUUCUGAGGCUGGGGCUGGUAGUGAUGCUUUUGCAUUGAAGACCAGAGCUGAUAAACAUGGAAAUUAUUAUGUCAUCAAUGGGUCAAAGAUGUGGAUCAGCAAUGCUGAACAGGCAGGGAUCUUCCUGGUCUUCGCAAAUGUGGAUCCUUCCACUGGCUAUAGAGGAAUCACCUGCUUUGUGGUAGAUCGUGAUACAGAAGGUCUUCACAUAGGAAAGCAUGAAAACAAACUGGGGAUCAGAGCUUCUUCUACCUGCCAGUUAACAUUUGAAAAUGUCAAGGUUCCAGAGGCCAAUGUCUUGGGCCAGGUUGGCCAUGGCUAUAAAUAUGCCAUAGGAAGUCUUAAUGAAGGUAGAAUAGGAAUUGCUGCACAGAUGCUGGGACUGGCCCAAGGUUGUUUUGACUAUACUAUCCCAUAUAUGAAAGAAAGGAUGCAGUUUGGCAAACGCAUAUUUGACUUUCAGGGGCUCCAACACCAAGUGGCUCAAGUGGCUACUCAACUGGAAGCUGCAAGAUUGCUAACAUACAAUGCUGUUAGGCUUGUAGAAGCAGGAAAGCCAUUCAUAAAAGAAGCAUCAAUGGCCAAAUACUAUGCAUCUGAGGUUGCCGGACUGACCACGAGUAAAUGCAUUGAGUGGAUGGGCGGAGUCGGCUACACCAAAGACUGCCCUGUGGAGAAGUUCUUCCGGGACUCAAAGAUUGGCACAAUAUACGAAGGUGCUUCCAACAUCCAGCUGAACACCAUUGCAAAGCACAUCAGGGCAGAGUACUGAUGUUCUCCUCGCUGUCACUGGUGUUCUCUUUUCAACUGUGCCUUGUUGGGACAAGCUCCGGAGCAUGGCCCUAUUUCCUGUCGCUGGGUGCAUCAUUUGCUCAUUUCUCUUUUCCAGUCUUCUUAAGCACAGGAGAUUGUUUCUAAAAUUUGGGAAGAAAUCUCAUAUUUUCUCCAAAAUGGGUUUUAAACUUCUAUACACAUUUGUUAUCAUGCUAGUUUCAGAGUCUGUGUGAGGAUUUGAGAAGAUGAAGACAUUUAAAGUAUUACUUACAGAAAUCAUGAUUUUAUGUUCCUACUAUAUCUGUUGUGGCAGGAGUCAGAGAAACAUUGUUACACUUGGCAACUCCUAUUCAGUAGCUCAUAGAUUCCGUAGUAAGCUGCUAAGUGAGGUAGAAACUGAUAAAAUUUUAUUUGGAAAACUCUAAAACUUCCAGUUCUAAAUAUCAGAGAAAUGGUGGAAGAUAUGGAUGUAACUUUGGGGACUGGGAAGAUGGCACCGUGGUGAGAGGCCCUUGCUUUCAAAGCCUGCCCACCCAUGUUCACUUCCAAGUCACCCAUGUAAACCCAUAUGCAGGCAUGUGGUAUUCAUCUGUAGCCUCAAGAAGCCCUGGAGCACCCAUGCACACAUGCAUGCACAUACACAUGUGUGUGCACACGUAAAUAAAUAAAAGUAAAAGCCUUUUUAAAUGUCAAUUUUUAGUUGAUAUAAUUGACAACAACAACAAAACAAAACACCCAUACAUUGUUUUAACCAAGUAAAUCAAUAGAAUGUGGUACCAUAAUAACCUGUAUGAAAGAUGCAUUUUAUGACGGCUUCAGCAAGUCUUUUUUCUUCAAUUGGGUUUUUUUAAAAAAAGGGCAGGCUGGGCAUGGUGAUGCACGCCUUUAAUCCCAAGCACUUGGAAGGCAGAGGUAGGAAGAUCGCUGAGAGUUUGAGGUCACCCUGAAACUACAGAGUGAAUUCCAGGUCAGCCUGGGCUAGAGUGAGAUCCUACCUGGAAAAAAAAACAAACCAACCAAAAAAAAUUACAUUCUUGUAUCCCUCCUCCCCUUUCCCCAUUCCACUCAGGGCCUCAGUGGAGUUACUGGUAUUCACUGUGGGGCCUUGAAGGCCUCAGUCAGUCUCUGGUUGGGGGUACCUCAGGAUAAUCCUACCCACUUUGCAGCUGUUACAGUUUUUCUGCCCCUUCUUUUGCAAUGUUCCUUGAACCUUGGCAGGUGUGUUAGAAAUCUGAUUUAGUGUUGAUAUCUCUGUAGCCUCUGGAUUUUUGCUUUGAUGAGAUUUGAGUGACCAUAGUAUCUGUCACCGUCAUCCUGGGAUAGUUGACAGGCUAGCAGUGAGAGCAGUACUCUGGUGCCACCUCCUCUACAACGUCUCCUGGGCCCUGGCAGCUGUGAUAGUGGUGACCUAUCUCAUGGUUGGCAGUCGACUUUCUUUUCUUGUUGUACUGAUGUAUCCUACAUCUCCCCAGUGCUCCACCAUCUGUAAGAUCAAACAGAUUCUCCAACCAAAAGUAAGCAAAGCUGGGUGUGGUGGCACACCUCUAAGCCCAGCGCUCAGGAGGCAGAGGGAGAAGGACUGCUGUGAGUUCGAGGCCAGCCUGGGACUACAGAGUGAGUUCUGGUCAGCCUGGGCUAGAGUGAGACCUACCUCCAAAAACAAAACAAAACAGUGAGAGCAGCUUGGCUAAAGGGGGGAAGCUGUCCCCGAGACUGGUGUGUCUCCCCACUCUUCUUAGUCGAGGAGCGGAGCUUCUCUGUGCAGUCGGCGUUUCCUGCCCCUGGGAUUCUGACUUAUUUCCCAAUAUUUGGAUGCGUUCUCUCCCACCGCACUGGCCCCAAAUCCAAUCCAAGAACAGUUGUUACCUGUGUGUGCUGUGUGCCACUGUGGCACAGGUGUGUGCCUUUUGCCCAGCUGUGUGAUUUCAUAAUUUGCAGAAUUUCCUGCUUACUCAGACUGGUGGAAACCAGUGUCCUCCAGCAGCUUCCACAGCAUUUUCCAGAGCUAUGAGGGCUAACCAGGAGGGAGCUGGUUUCCCUCUCAGUUCCAGGGUCUCUCAAUGUCUUGUGACCAUGGCUAUGGUGUCUUCAGCAAUAGGAUCUUACCUUUUAGCUCUGGCGGUAGCCAAGUGCUUUGCCAAUGGCUCAGCAGGUCAUUUUAAAAUUAUGUCCCUGCAUUUGUUUUCAAUGUAAAGUUUAAAUAAUUUGACUUAAUAAUCAGGCAAUAUUCAAUAUUGUGAUAUUCUGUCAUGUAUUUAUCAGUAGUGCAGUUCCUUCCUUAAUUAAAUACUGUUUCCUCAAACUUGGUUAUUGGGCUUUAUCCUGAAUAGGAAUUAAUUGAGAAAUUGGAUUUUAGUUCAGUAAUUCUCAAGAGAAAAAUACUUUGCUACCAUCAGGAAGUACAUCAGAAUCUCACGUGGGACAGGGGCUAGGGAGAUAGUUAGAGGUGCUUGCUUGCAAAGUGUACUGGCCUGGGUUCAUUUCCCCAGUAAAUAUAUACAACAUGGUGCAUAUGUUUGGAGUAUUUUUAUAGUAACAAGAGGCCUGGGUAUGCCCAUUCUUCCCCUUUCUUCCUAGAAAAUAAAUAAAUAAUAAAUAAAAAAUUUAAAAUCUCAUGAGGAAUAGAGAAUAGGAGAUGGUAGUUUAAAAGGGCAUAUUCAGGGCUGGAGAGAUGGCUUAGUGGUUAAGCGCUUGCCUGUGAAGCCUAAGGACCCCGGUUCGAGGCUCAGUUCCCCAGGUCCCACGUUAGCCAGAUGCACAAGGGGGCGCAUGCGUCUGGAGUUCGUUUGCAGAGGCUGGAAGCCCUGGCGCGCCCAUUCUCUCUCUCUCCCUCUGUCUUUCUCUCUGUGUCUGUCACUCUCAAAUAAAUUUUUAAAAAAGGGGGCAUAUUCAGUAUAAAUAAAGUAAUUCAUAUAAAUAAUUUUAUAAUUAGGAAGACAAAAGUAUAUUUUUUAUAAUACAGAUGAUAAGGCAAAGCUAAAUAAAAUACCCUUGCGAUGCUAUUCUGUGUUAGGGAUUCCCACUUAGGAGGAGAGGCCCUCCAGGGCGUGCAUCCUCACAAAGGAGAGGGGACAGCAGACAAGUGAGAGUUCCCAGGUUUGGAAAAAUCAGCAUGAGUUAGACAUGAAAAAUGUUCUGAGGCUUAUGCAGUUGCUGAAAAUAAUCAUUACUAUAAAAUGGAAGCAUUUUGGUACUUUAAUGAAAGGAUAAUGUUUAUUAAGAAAACCUGACAUUUUCAAUGUAAUUUUGCUGUGCACAUUCAUGUUUAUUGAAUUAAAUUAAUUUCUACAAUGCAAAUCAUAGUUAAAUAUUCAAAGUUGUAUAAAUAUAAUUGAGGUAGAAAUUACAUUAAAAUAUUAGGAAGAAAUAAGACAAAUUUAGACUUUGAAUCCAAAUAGAUAAAGUCUACUUGACUUUCAAAUAGGGAGAUAUGAAAACCCCUCAUCCAGGCUUUUAGAACAAAAAGACAGAUGUCAGAUAAGAAAAGCAGGGGUGGAUGCAGUGCCCUACAGGGGGCUCGGCCACAUUUAAUUUCUAUGAUUAUGUGGAAGGGGUGGGCUUUACAGAUAACAGAGUAGGAGCCAGUAUCAGUACGCAGAGUCGCAACUUGCUUCCGCAGGAUAAGAAACACGUGAGUGUGUGUGUAGUACGUGCUGUGUUCUAGUGCAUGGCGUCACGGAGCCCCCGGCUACAUGCAGAUCUUGGUUGUGUAUUUAGUACCGAUAUUGCUCUCAUUCUGUGAUUGCAUUUUGUAUUUUUCCCACAAAGAACCAUUAAAAUUAUACUCUUACAGUUAAUAUA